AUGACUUACUCUCCUGAACAAUACCAAGCUAACAAAGAGCGCAUUAAGGCAGCUCAAAAGCGAUACUACUUGAAGACGAGAGAAACUCGUAUCGCUAAGCAGAAGGAGUACGACGAGAGGAAUCGUGAGCAUAUUCGUGCUCAAAAGCGUAAAUCCUAUGCAGCGAAGAAGCAGUGCGAACCUAACAGUGAAACCGAACUUAGCUAA